UGUUUUUGGACAUAAAUGUUGCUUCUACGGAUGGCGGAUGACGUGCGUGAAAUGACGAAGUGUAGUCAUUUGUUGGCAGCAGUGUGCGGAGGACGAAACGUAGUGCCAGAAUUUGUUGCGCUUGUAGUGAGUUUGUUGUAGUUGUGUUUUUGUUGUGCGAUUUUUUGUUUGUUUACGAGUUUAUAGGUUGCUGGCGCGUCGCGUAGAUGCCGUUGGCAAAUACAUACAUACAAGCACACCUCGUCCCACUGUAAGCGCUGAGGGCACAAUUAAAACCAGUUGCAAAACAAGCCAUUUUUGGUCAAAGGAAAAAGUUCAAAACUAGCAAAAGCAUUUACCAACGAUAAAAAAGUAGCGAAUAAUGCAAAAACAACAAUACAAUGCGUGUAUAACAAAAAUAACAACGUACUUGUAGAAAAAACCGAAAGUUGACUUAAACAGCAAACGAAAAACAAAAGUCAACAUUUAGCAAAACCAAUACAAAUCUAAAAACUAAGAGAAGAAAGACAAAAGAAAAAGUAAACAUUUAAAUUAUUUUAAGUCAAAAGCAGUAAAAAGAGAGCAACAAAAUUGAAAGUGUAUAAACGGCAAAAGCAAACGUUUGGGGAAGGGGCAAGAGGUGAGUGGCUGUGUGGCGGGCAAGAUGUAUCAGAGUACGAGUUAAAAAUGAGCGUUGAGGUGGACUUGUGUUUGUCUGCUUUGGGGUUUUGUGGAUUAAAGUUUCUAUGGCGCAGUGCAGCAAAGGCGAAGAGCGAACAGUGACAACAAACUGGUUUUCCAAGUGGAUGGCCAACUUGAGCGGAAAAACAAGAAAACAAUAAGAGCAAUAAUCAUAAUAAUAGUGGCGUUAACUAAGCGCCAAGCAAACGCAAGGCAGCCAACAACAAUAACAAGCAAUGUUGAGAAACAAGAAUUACAUGAAACGUAAAUCUGCGAGGCAGCAGCCGUGAUGUAAAAAACAGCAACAAUAAGGCGAGAGGUGAGUGGUGAGGACAACAACAAAAGCAACAACCAUAAGCAGCAGCAGUGGCCACCACAAAAACAAAGACUUUUACAAGCAGCCACACCACCAAAAAAGCUAAAAAGCAAGAGUUAAACCAGCAGCAACAAGCACCACAGCAACAACAACAAAUAAACACAAGCGCAAUAGCAGUAGCAAAAACUCAAUAGCAGCAACCAUCUCAAACGCCAUUGAGGUCGGCCACAAAAAACAAAAACAAAAACAAACAACAAAACAACUCUCACACACACCAAAAAGUCAGUCAGUAAGUCAUCGAGCGAGUCAGCGUGCGGGCGCAUACAAAUGUCGCGGUAUAACUUAAGUCUGUCAGUUACACUGAGGGAGUGAGUGAAUGUGAAUGAAUGGCGUGUAUAGCAGCAGCCGCAGCCACAAUAAUAACAACAACUCAUCGUCAGACACAAUUAUAAAGCAUUUUGAGUAAAUUACUAAAUUUUUGUGUUUUAAGUCAUUGAAAGUGAAUUGCGGCGACAAUUGUCGUUGAAGCAGAUGUAAAGGGUUGCUGGUGGGCGCAUAUUUAAAUGCGAGGCAGCAGCAGCAACAACAGUAAUAAUAACAGCAAACAAGUUGCUGGCGUUUAUAUACAAUUGCAGAUAUAUCUGUGUAUGUGUAAAUGUGGCAAGCGCCAGGGGCAAUACAGCCAGGCGAGAGUUUUUAAUGUGAAAGGUGGGGAAAUGUUGGCGCAAUUUGCGAAAAGCUCUCAAAGUAUUUUAAAAGUGCGUACUUAAAAAGAAGUGAUAACAAAACAACAACAACAGCAAAGACUAAAGUGCAGUCAAGCAGCAAGAUUGUAGCAAUUGUAACUGUAAAAGUGAUUUAAGUGCAACCAUAAAUUCACAAACACAACAAAUAAAGAAAGUUUGCAUCGUUUUUGCGCCUCCCGCAUAAUCUAACACUAGACUUCUGAAAAAAAAAACUCGACAAAAAAUAUGAAAAAUAGUGGCAGUGUUACCAGCACCAACAAAAAGUGCAGCCGGGCCACAAUAGUGACGCAAUGGUAAAAAACCGAUCAAAAGCGAUACAAAAAAAGCAAAAACAAUACUACAAAACGAUUAAAAACACAAAACGCUCAAGCUGUGCUACUGCACGCCUGGAAAAUUAAAAAAACUGACUAUAAACAAAGAGACCAAAAAUAUAAAGUAUCUACAGCAACAGAAACAACAACAAACCCCACCACCGCAGCUGCGACCUCAUCAACAGCUAACUGGCUGGCAAUACUGGUGACUAUUGUCCUCUUCCAACAACAACGCCAUUAAGUCGACCAUGUCACCACUUGUCAGCAAACUCAGCAAGACUUUCCGUUGGCUACGCUGGUCCACCAUUUGUGCCAUACUCUUCUAUAUGUUCUUCAUUGGACUGAUAUUGCACAGCACCACCUACAAAUUGCAGUAUGCACUCAAAUCGGAGGGGAGUAGCGGCACCACGUUGCAGGGAGGCAAGUCAUCGGAACAACAUCUACAGCAACAAACAGAAGAAUAUUCAUAUAAGUAUCCAAUGGAAGCAGAAGUAGAAAACGAAAACCAGCAGCAGCAAAGCAAACGAGCCAAAGAGAUGCUGUUGCUGCGGCAUCGUCAAGAGGGGAAGGUGGCAACGGACUCAGAGUCAAGGUCGGAAAAGAUGGCUAUGGCAGCAGCGGCGUUAGUGAUGCUGGAGCAGUCGAGCGCAGCGAACGGAAAUAAUGUGCUGAAUACACCGCCGGAAGCCGUGCCGGCUACAACAUUCCGGCAACAAAACGACGAAGGCGACGACAAUGCAGGGGCAGGUGGUGUUGGUACCGUUGUGAGUAACAGCGCAGCUGUCGCUGUGGAUCGAAGUGGCACGCGGCAGCGAGACGGCAAAUCUAGCGAACCGGAAACUGUUAUUUUAGCAGCGAGCUCCGUAAACGAGAAACAAAUUCUCGAGAAGGCAUUCAAACGUGCCGACCGCGAUCACAACUCUGAGCUGUCAAUACAAGAACUCGCCGUCUACAUCAAUCAAAGGAUCAUCGAUCACAUUGAGGAGGCAAUACAGAAUAACCCACGCGAAUUUCAGCGCGUAGACAUAGCGCCCGCAGACGGAUUAAUAACUUGGGAGGAGUACCACCAUUUCUUUCUCAAAGAGCACGGCAUGACCGACGCAGACAUCGAUGAGCACAAUGAAAUCAAACACACUGCAUUGAAUAGGAAAGCGCGCGAAGAUAUGAUGCGCGAUAAAGCGCGUUGGUCGGAAGCGGCGCGCACCGAUCUCUUCAGCUUGACGAUCGAUGAAUAUCUCUCGUUUCGACAUCCCGAAUCGAGUAUAUCAAAUUUACUCGAAUUAGUUGAUGAUUUAUUGCGACAAUUCGAUCAGGAUGGUGAUGAUCAGCUGACGAUCGAGGAGUUCUCCGAAGUAAAUGUAGACGAUGAUGAGGAUUUGCGCAGAAAGUCGCUUAUCUCACAGACGGUGGUGGAGAGGAGAGAGGAGUUUAAACGCAUCAUUGAUAAGAAUAACGACGGUAAGGCAGAUAGAGAGGAGCUGCUCAACUAUGUGAAUCCGAAGACGCCGCGUUAUGCGCUACAAGAGGCAGCGACACUCUUCAGUUUGUGUGAUGAGAAUAAGGACGGGCGACUGACUUUGAAUGAGUUGACUGAGAAUGCGGAGAUUUUCCUCACAUCCAAAAUGAUGGACGCGGCUAACAGUUUUCAUACGGAAUUCUAAGUGCACCACACAUACAUAAACUGUAUAAGUAUUUGUAUUUAUAAAAAGGCGAUCAUAGCGUAGAACUGAGCGUAAAGAAAAUACAACACUGCAAUACAACAACACAAAUGAUUUUCACAGAAGUCAAUUCGUAGCAAUCGAAAAGCACUAUACUCGUAUAUUGCACAGUAUUUACUUGUAGAUGAAAAAGUGUCGAUUAAUUUUUUUUUUUUUUCUUAAUCAUGAAUUUUAGCUUUUAAUGUAUAUUUUUAUCUAUGGAUUAUUUAAGGAGAACAAAAAACACUGAAAAUUUAAUUUGUGGUCGCUUCAAAGAAGAAACCCAAAAUUUAAUUGAAAUUCAUUAGCACCACAAAUAAGAAAAAAUACUCAAAUUAAUAUUAAAAAAACGAAAUGAAAUUAUAGGAAAAGUUUAAAUAAAUCUUGUUAUUAUAAUAGUUUUAUUAAAAACCAUUUGUUUUGUAUAAAAAAUGUGUACUGUUCUGUAAGGAAAAAUUGGGUUGGUAAGAAAGUAAUUUCGGGUUUAUAGUGUCAAAUAAAACGGAUUAUUUUAUAAAAAAACGAAUUUCGUAUUCACCAUUUGCUGCGUUGAAUAUUUGUCAUGCUUGUGAUAAAUCAAAGUUUCCGCGUUGUUAGUAAUCUGAGUCUUCAGCAGAAAAAACUGAACUAAGUUCGGUACCAGUUUCUCAUCAUUCGAAAGCUCUGCCACUCAAAGAGUUUUGCAAACUUCGGAAUAAACAGUAAGCUGAUGAGUCCAGGUCAGGAUCACAAAUAUAAUGGCUAAAAUAGUAAAUAGAAAUUUACUACUUAUGCGUUCGGAAUAAGUCGUGGAAUAUUGGAAUUAUACUCUUUUGGGUUUCGGUCACUGAUAAACUGGCUAGACAGAGGACCCUAGAAAUGGUUCCAUCGCAAAAUGAGUGGAUUGGGGUUCCCUUGAGAACCUGUGGUCUGCACUUGGAAAGAGGAACCUCACGUCUACUCAGUGAGCGCUGGCUUAGUGCGCAGACAUGCAAAGUCUCGAGAUCCUUCUGGUCACGGUUAGAUCGAGGGAAAUUCUGAGGCUAACAAAGUCGCAGCUCUCAAAUUUGGAGGGUGCCCAUUCGGCAAGCCUUGGGAUUCCCUGGGCAUACAGGUACACUGUUUGUAGGACGAGGUGGAGUCAUCACACCUGCGGUUAGAGCAGGGUUAAACAUUACGCACCUGGUGAAUUUCAUCAGCAGAUUGAUGCUUUGGUGACACCGUGAAAUGUGUGUAUAACAAGGGGUUACAGAAAGUAGAUAAGGUAAUAUAAGAUAUUGGCAUUAACGUAAACAGGGAGUGCUGCAGUCUUGGAAAUUUGUUUAGCCCGACAUCAAAUUCCAUGUCUUCCAACUUUCAAAGCAUCAUCUCUAAUUGGUAGCCGCAUCUAUAAAUUCAUAGAAUCAGCUACACUUUUCCUAAAAAAGAUAUAUCUACAACCAGUGUAGACCGGAUAUUUAGAAAAGGUGUAUUUUAUCAUCGGCUUUCUGGGUUUGUAAUGGCGCAGGUUGAGAUUUCUAGAGUCUUAGCUGGAAUCAAAAAGGGCCAACACGUCCUUCCCAAAGGAGAGCUUAGCACUGUAGCCAUACGUACCUGUUUCCAUCCCCUCGCAAAUUUUUCAUCCAUUUGUAUAGCUUUGUCCAUAUUCUUGGUCCCAUAAUCGGACUCCCGCUGAUAAUCUGACUUCAUCUUGGCUUCGAAAAUCCUCAACUGCGGACAUCUCCGAGUGUAUUUCUGCCAUGAAGAAGAUCCACAUUCUGAUUGAAAUUUUGACAUUCAAAAUACCAAAACUUCAAAAGCAUUUUAUGGUUGCGCCUUGAAAAAAAUCUUUCGCUAUGUAUUUUUCGAACCAGAAAGUACUUUCUUGCUAACCUAGUUUUACUAAAUUAAAAAUAUUACAAGAAAUGUGGCAUUAUUAGUGAUAUUAUGCUUUAAGAAAUUAGUUCAAUAAAAUUGGCAGAUAAUUGUAAACUAAAAUAUUAUUGAGCGACAAUUUUGUUAUACAUUUUUUUAUUUGCAAUUCUGAA